UCAGCCUCCCCGGUGCUGGGAUUACAGACAUGCACCACUACACCUGGCUGUCAGUUCAGCUUUUUAUCCCAGCUGUCAGUCAACCUUCCUUGAAGAAAUUUAUGAUUGGUCAUUUAGGAGGCAGUGACCCUCGAGGAUGUGGCUGUGAACUUCACCAUGGAGGAGUGGGCUUUGCUGAAUCCAUCCCAAAAGAAGCUCUACAGAGAUGUGAUGGGGGAAAUAUUUAUGAACAUGGCUGCUAUAGGAAGAGUCUGGGAUAACCAGGAAGUUGAAGAAGAAUACAAAAGGUACUGGAGAAAGCUAAGAAAUAAACAUGUAGAGAAAUUCUAUCAAUAUAAUGCAUGGAAUCAACAUGAAGAAAUACUCCUUUGGACUCCAGAUGCUAUUGUGGACAUGAAACAAGCUAGUUUAACAUCAGCUGAAAGUCUUGCUUGUAGAAAGCCCCUGACUGGGCGUUUGUCACUAAAUGUGCCCGUCGUAGCUCACCCUGGACUGAAGCCGUCUGAGUAUUUGGGCUUUGAAGAGGAGCUGUAUAAAUGUGAUGAAAAUGGAAGAGCCUGUGGCGAUUUCCAGUCCGCUCAGAAGCGUGCGAAGACAAAGGGUGGAGAGAAACCCUGUGAGCGUAAUCAGAGUGGGAAAUCCUGCUCUGGUCUUAGUGCAAGAACUCACCUCAGAGAGAAGACCUUUGUGUGUAAGAGAAAAUUGAAAGCCUCUGGCACACCCAAUGAUACUCAGAUCCAUGAAAGAAAUCACAGUUGGGGGAAUCAAUAUGUAUGUAAACAGUAUGACAAAGCCUUUGUUUCACCCCACCGUAUUCAAGCACCUGAACGAAGGCAUGCUGAGGAGAAGCUCUAUGUAUCUAAGGAAUGUGGGAAAAUGUUCACUUACAGUAAUUCCUUUCACAGACGUGUAAGUAUGCACACUGGAGAGAAAACCUGUGUGUGUAAGCACUGCGGAAAAGCUUUUAGCACACACAGUCAUUGUCAAGUACACGAAAGAACUCACACAGGGGAGAAACCCUAUGUAUGUAAACAAUGUGGAAAAGCUUUUAGCACACAUAGUUGUUGUCAAAUACAUGAAAGAACUCACACUGGGGAGAAACCUUAUGUGUGUAAGCACUGCGGAAAGGCUUUCAACACACACAGUCAUUGUCAAAUACAUGAAAGAACUCACACUGGGGAGAAACCCUAUAUAUGUAAGCAGUGUGGGAAAGCUUUCAGCAGAUAUGGUAAUUGUCAAAUACAUGAAAGAAGUCACACUGGGGAGAAACCUUAUGUAUGUAAGCAGUGUGGGAAAGCUUUCAGUACACACAGUCAUUGUCAAGUGCAUGAAAGGACUCACACAGGAGAGAAACCUUAUGUAUGUAAGCAAUGUGGGAAGGCUUUCAGCACACACAGUUGUUGUCAAGUACAUGAAAGAAGUCAUACUGGGGAGAAACCCUAUGUUUGUAAGCACUGUGGGAAAGCUUUCAGCACACACAGUCAUUGUCAAAUACAUGAAAGAAGUCAUACUGGGGAGAAACCCUAUAUAUGUAAGCAGUGUGGGAAAGCUUUUAGCACACAGGUUAAUUGUCAAACACAUGAAAGAACUCACACUGGGGAGAAACCCUAUGUAUGUAAGCAGUGUGGGAAAGCUUUCAGUACCCAGAGUUACUGUAAAAUACAUGAAAGAAGUCACACUGGGGAAAAACCCUAUGUAUGUAAGCUAUGUGGGAAAGCCUUUAGCAUACAUGCUAGUUGUCAAGUACAUGAAAGAACUCACACAGGGGAGAAACCCUAUGUUUGUAAGCACUGUGGAAAAGCUUUCAGCACACACAGUCAUUGGCAAAGACAUGAAAGAACUCACACUGGGGAGAAACCCUAUAUAUGUAAGCAGUGUGGGAAAGCUUUCAGUACACAGGUUAAUUGUCAAGCACAUGAAAGAACUCACACUGGAGAGAAACCUUAUGUAUGUAAGCAGUGUGGGAAAGCAUUUAGUACCCAGGGUUAUUGUAAAAUACAUGAAAGAAGUCACACUGGGGAGAAACCCUAUGUAUGUAAGCAAUGUGGGAAAGCCUUUAGCAUACAUGCUAGUUGUCAAAUACAUGAAAGAACUCACACCGGGGAGAAGCCUUAUGUAUGUAAACAGUGUGGAAAAGCUUUCAACACACAUGGUCAUUGUCAAAGACACGAAAGAACUCACACUGAGGAGAAACCCUAAGUAUGUAAGCAUGCUGUGUGGGAAAGCUUUCAGCACAAGUGGUGAUUGUCAUAAGCACAGAAGAACUAACUGGCGAGGGUCUCCAUGCGUAAGCAAUAUCAGAAAGAAUUUUCUGCUAAGUCCUCAUUUCAUAGAAAUGAAUCACACUAGGGAGAAACCCUGUGUUUGCAAACAAAUGUGAGAAAGCUUUCAGUACAAACAUGUAUUAUGCAUACAUGAAAGAGUCGCACUGGGGAGAAAUUUUAUAUAUGUAAGCCUGUUUUGAAACUCCUGUAAAAUUUCUUAUGAGGACCACUACAAAUAGUACAAAGAGUUUAAUGUCAAUAUUUCUUCAUAAAUUUUCCAGAAAAUAUAAUCCCAGAUGAUGAGAUCCUAAAGUACAAAUAUUGCGUUUUUCAGUAAAAAUAAAUAUGUAUCUGUAGUAUUUAAUGUAAAGCUAUUGGGUUGACAUUAUAUAUUUUGGGGUGUCUUGGAGCUUAGUGCAUAGUGCAUUAAUUAAAGAUGGUUAAUUGAAAUUAUUAUUAUUACUGGGGAUCAAACUCCGACCUUGUGCUUGUGAGGCAGGUAAGGUAUCACCAAGUUAAAUCCUCAGUCCUAAAAUAUAUUAUUGACUUUCAAGUAGGAUAAGUAUGUAAGGAGGCAUAGGCCACUAAAAAUUAAUGUUGUUAAUUUUCUAUUAUUGCUGGAAUUUUGCCCCUGCUUUUGUUUUAAAUUUUUGGCGCGUAUACUCCAUAUUCUGUGCAACAAAAGAUAUUUUUGAAUUUUAUUAUAUAUUUCAAGAUAACGUAUUUUCAGAGAAUCGUGAGCAUGUAUUUUUAAAUUUUUUUAGUACACGUUUACAAUUAUGCAGUUUACAGUCAUCUUGGGAGCGGUACAGGUACAUGUUACAGCUUGUUUCUCCUUUAACCCCUUCCCAUCCCACGCUCUCCCCUUUCCUCACUUGCUCCUCUACCCGUUGUUCACACUUGUCGAUACUAUUUGUCCUACCUUCUGUUACGACAGUGUUUACGUUAACUGGGAUUAUUAGAUUCAUGUACGUGGCACGUCUGUCUGUCUUUCUUUUUUUUUAUGUCUGUCUUUCUUACUUCCCUUACCCCUCUCCCCACCCCUCAUCCUGGUUUCCUUGGACCCCUUUCUUGGUGCAGUAGAUCUGUCCUCUUGACCCUUUCUAUCCAUCCUAUUUCAUUUUCUUUGUUCUGUGUCUCACGUGAG